AGCUUCUCUUUUCUGCACAACCUGAACUGAUUCUUUGGACCCGGUAAAAUACAUAACUUUCCUGCGGCUCUUUUUGGUGUUGAAGGAUAUUGACUACAAAUAGCAGGAUUCUUGCAGUCUUUGUACUUAAGGAAAUGUCAGAAAAGAUGUGCAGCAGCAGCAACAGUGUUGUUCAAACACAAAAACUGGUGGAUCAACUUCGAGUGGAGGCAAGCAUGGAGAGAAUCAAGAUCUCCCUGACAGCAGCAGACUUGGUCCGGUACUGUCAGGACCACAGGCGCAGCGACCCUCUGCUCACCGGCAUCGCCGCCUCGUCCAAUCCGUUCAAAGACAAGAAGACCUGUGUGCUUCUCUGACAGUCCUGGGUAGAGAUGACCAGCUGCCAUAUGGACAACUACUGUCUGAGAGUGCAACCACAGACUUUCUCCAGUCAAAUGUGGACAAUACAAACCAUUUAGUAUUUUUUUACAUCUAGGCUAAUUUCUCCCUUAAAGCGCCUCCUCCGAGACUCUGCGUUCCAAGCCAAUGUUAAAGACAUCACUGGGCAUACUGUAGGUGAGAGGGAAACGUGAAAAGUACAGAUAAUAGUUUUAUGUUCGUAAAUUGUUUAUUUUUUCACUGACAGGCUUUAAUUAAUAUUGCUCCUUUAUAUAACAGUAUUUUCAAGGUCCCUUAAAAGCUUUGAUCUCAACCUUAGAAUUACAUGGGUAA